GCGGCGCAGCGCGGACCGAGUGUCGAUCCAGACCGCGAGGCGCGGCGACGGGCACGCCAGGCACGCCGCAGAAGACUGGAGGAAAACGGGGAAUCCGGAAACGGAUCGCCGGAAGCGGGAAAACGUGGCGGGGAAACCGGAAACUAGUCGCCAGUGCCGUGUGUGUGUGUGUGUGUGUGUGUGUGCGUGUCGCCGAGGGGCUCCUAGCGCCGCCCCAAGCCCACUGUGUUUGAUUUGACUUUUCCGCCUCCUUUUUGUACUUCCUCGCCGCCAAGAUUUUCACUGUGUGUGCCGGCGGGACUUGAUUCUAGUCCCCCUAGUCAGUGAUGUUCAGAGCGUUCGGGACCGCCCCCACGCCAGAGCCGCCCGUAUCGGUGUCGGUGCCGCAGCACAUCAUGCCCUGGAACUACACGCCCGGCGUCGGCGUGCUGGGCGCCGCGCAGCCCGCCAAAGGAUUCUUAAAUUGCAGUCCCAACACACUCCAGUCCCUCGCCCAGUUACACAAUGUUGGUGACUGGACGGCGCCGCAGAUCGCUGCGGGAUUAAAUGGCAAGUACUACGUGGAGGACCCCAACACGCUGCUGGAGGAGCCCGUGGCCAUGCUGUCGGAGACGCCCGGCCUGCCGCAGCCGCAGAGCAUGCCCUCGCCGUCCAGAGCGUCGCCGUCCGUGGCGGGCUCCGAGGCCGGCGAGAGGUUCUCCAGGAAAGUGUUCGUCGGAGGCCUGCCGCCGGACAUCGACGAGGACGAAAUCACCGCCAGCUUUCGACGGUUCGGGCCGCUCGUCGUGGACUGGCCGCACAAGGCCGAGAGCAAGUCCUACUUCCCGCCCAAGGGAUACGCCUUCCUGCUCUUCCAGGACGAGAGCUCGGUGCAGCAGCUGAUCGAGGCCUGCAUCGUGGACGACGAGAAGCUGUACCUGUGCGUGUCGUCGCCCACCAUCAAGGACAAGCCCGUGCAGAUCCGGCCGUGGCGGCUGUCGGACGCCGACUUCGUGCUGGACGCCUCCAUGCCCCUCGACCCCCGGAAGACGGUGUUCGUCGGUGGCGUGCCGCGGCCCCUCAAAGCAGUGGAGCUGGCCAUGAUCAUGGACAGGCUGUACGGCGGCGUGUGCUACGCGGGCAUCGACACGGACCCCGAGCUCAAGUACCCCAAGGGCGCGGGGCGCGUGGCGUUCAGCAACCAGCAGAGCUACAUCGCGGCCAUCAGCGCGCGCUUCGUGCAGCUGCAGCACGGCGACAUCGACAAGCGGGUCGAGGUGAAGCCGUACGUCCUGGACGACCAGAUGUGCGACGAGUGCCAGGGCCAGCGGUGCGGCGGCAAGUUCGCGCCCUUCUUCUGCGCCAACGUUACCUGCCUUCAGUAUUACUGCGAGCACUGUUGGGCGACCAUCCACUCGCGGCCCGGCAGGGAGUUCCACAAGCCCUUGGUGAAGGAAGGCGCCGACCGGCCCCGAGCAGUGCCCUUCCGCUGGUGUUAAUGUUAGCCAAUGGGGGCUUGCUACGCUUGCUACCCAGCAAGGAGCCAGCGCCUCACUUUUCUAGACAAUUUGUAGGACCGUUUGUUAAUUCAAAGUACUCUAGCAUCCUUUGUUGACCCAUAUAUACAUGUUAUAUAUAUAUAGAUAUAUCAGCAUACAGAUAUGUGUUUGGAUCGCCAGUCCAGUGGAUUACUUCACCAGUGUGAAUGUAGCAAAUUUAUAUUCGCAAUGUACGUGACACUGGACUGUUGGAGCAUAUGCAUCUACUAAAAAAAAAAUAAGUAAGACGCAAAAGUAGGCAAUGAUUAGCAUCAGUAGAGUGUGAGGCUGCUCCCUCCUCGAGUGGAGGAGCAGUUCGCUUUGCAGCAUAGCUGUUUGUGUGCACAUACGUGUGCCUGUGUGAUAGUUCAGAGCCCCUUCGAGCUCUUAAAUUAAUGCUCUGGCAUGGCUACGAUUGAGUGCUCUUAGUCAUUUUUAUAUUGUUAGUCAGCGUGUGCUUGUUCGGUGUUUCUCCCCCUUUCGCUCUUUUUGUACAAGUGCAUAUUACAAUUGCCAUCUCAUAGUGCAAAUUCUUAGCAUCUCUGCCAAUACUUUUUUCAAAUUUUUUUUUUUUUUUUAUGAAUUCCUCAGGGUAUAUGUAAAUAUUAAUUGAAUAGUUUGAUCUACUUUUUUAUAUGAUUGGAAGGAAUGAAGUAUUCUUGCUGCCCAAGUACAUCCAGUACAAUUUCCCUGUCUAGUUUACCUUCCUUUGUGCCUCUCCUAAGGCAGAUUUUGUUUAAGUCCGUCUUCGGUUUCCUUUGGAAAUAGGACAGUAUUUGUGCAUAUGAACUGAGUAUAGCACAAUUUCCUAUGCAAAUUGUUUUCGCCAAAUCCUUUUUCCAAAGAAUUUUUUUGAUCUAGGUCUCCCAAAGAGUGGGAAGUUCCUAUUAAUCUUUGUAAUUUUUUAUAUUUCCUCUAGGUGUACAUAGGCUUUUGUAAAAAAAGAAAGAGAAAGAAGUACCAUUAGUUCAAAAUAUUAAUUUGUUCCAUAUAAAGAAUUUAAUCUUCCAUAUUUAUUUUUUGGGUCUCAUUUUUGUACAUAAUGAAGCUUUCUCAGCAAAGCAAGUGACAUUUAAUGUCUUGCUUCAUGUUUCGUUUUCUUAAUUUUUGUUUUGUGUUAAAAUUUGUUUGGUGGUGAUUUUAGUGUGUAUAAGUGUAACAAAGGAUUGGCAGAGAAACUAAUGUAAUGCAAGCACACGCACCCUGUAGUUACCCCAUUCACAAAAAACUUACCACAAGUUUAGUGUUGCUAUUAUUGAGUGAAAAAAAGAGACCCACUCUUAUGAAUUUUUGAUAAUUUGUUCUAAUUUUAUAGUUUAUUGGUAUGGUCAUCUCCUUUGUCUGGCUGCCAACCAGUUAGUCAUAAGCUGGCAAUUUCUUGUCACUUAAUUGUGUCAUAACUAAUUCGUAUGUGUUCAUUGGUUCCAGUCUUAUCACGGGAUUUGUUGUUAACUUUGGGGAAAGAAUCAUGUUAAUGGAGGCGAGCUUUAGCCUAAUUUGUUGCAAUUUUUAACAAAUUUAUUGAGAGUGUUAGUCAUACUUUGACACCGUUCUGCCUCUGUCCAUGUGAUAUUCUCCCAACUUGGUGAAUUUAAUUUCCCUUUCGUGAAACGGAUACUAGUUUAUAGCCAAAGUGUUCUGAGUCAGUUUGACUGUGGUUUGGCUGGAACCAAGGUUGGUUUGGCAGCAUUUUACAGCCCCAUGGCUAACGUGUUUGUAGUGAGCAGAUGCUUUUGGUGGCUUGAAACAAAUCUAAAAGCUGGUCAGCCUGGGUAUUCUUAUUAUUGCCACAGGCUCGAGAAGGCAAUGUAGAAGUCAAACAACUACUUUAGCUAUUAUUUCUUAUGUGUGAUACCUAGCAACAUUAUAAUGUAAUUCACUUUGCUCUUUUGCACUGAUACCCUUACAUAAUUUUAUUAUAAUAUGUAUGCCUAUGAAUGUUUGGAUCUACUACUGUCGUGUUUUUCAUAUAGAUUUUUGUAUUCCUCUUUGUUUGGGGAGGUUUUUUUUACCCUUCCCUUUUUGUGUCUGAUGUAAUAGACCAAUGGUGAUGGAAAGUGUGCAUCUCCUCCUAGUGUGGUGGAGGCAGAGCCAAGCUAUCCUUGUGACUCGACUGCGCUGGAUAGGGGCAGUAUGUCACUGGGUCAGCAUAUCCCCAGCGACUUACGCAGUCCCUUUAAUGGGUGGACCAGCCUGUUAUCCGCACUGCUCACGUUAAAUAGCAAUUUAACUUUAUUUUCGUGUCUUUUGAAUGAUUACACGUGAUUCCCCAUACCAAAGAUGACUCUAAGUGAAAUCUUUGAUACUGAUCCAAGAAACUUCUGGCACCUUUGUUUGCUCAUUAAGCAAGCAGACUUCUAUGUAUUAUAUAUACAUGUAUACAUAACUGCAUAUAAACAUUUUUUUUACCUGUCUUAUAUUUCAAUUUUAAACCAUUUGAGUGUGUGUAUAUAGAUGUGUCAUUUUCAUAAAUGUUAAAUGUAGGAAAACAAUGGUAAAUGUAUAGAAUCUAAAUUUUAAUUAGAAACAUUUUUCGUAGUCAUUAUCACCUGCAUUCGGUGUUAGUUUCUGAGCAUUGUGCCAGAGAAACCAAAGUGUUUGGUGUAGUCGGCCCAUUUUUUCAGCCUGUCAGUGAAUUUAGUUCUUUCAUAUGUUUGCCCAAGAUGCAGUAUUGUGCCUUGGGCGGGUGGGUAGCUUUCUAGUCAUCAUCAGUGGGGCUCAUGUGAUCUGCCUCAUGUAAUUAUGUAUUUUGAGUUGUUCCUACCUAAACUGUUUGUUUAAAGCCUUUGUAAUUUUGUUACAUCCAACCAAGCUCUGGUAGCUCAAGGUUUUCAAAGUAAUAUAUUAUCUUUCAGUCAUUUGGUGCCAUCAGUAGAGGUCUAUCAGCAGUCUGUCUUCUGCAUUUCAAUUUCUGGAAAAAGAAACAGAAAAAGUAAAAAAAAGGGCCAGCAAGGAUCUUUUAAAAUGCCUUCCUGACUCAUGUAGAUCUUUGUGAGAUUUUAAGAUUUAUACUGAUGUUUACAUAUGUCCUAGUUGCGUGUGUUCUACAAAUGAAAUUUGAUAAACUAUUAGAUCUUACUGAAUAUCUUCAUGUUCUUUUUUGUUGUUUUUUUCGUUUUUACUUCUUUCAUAGAGAAUGGUUGUUUUUGUUUCACUGUUUUUUGAUUAUUUUUUUGAGUGUGUGUAUUGGGGAGUUUGUGUUUUUAUGGUUUUCUGUGUUACAUGCCUCUUGGGCAUGCAGGUCGGGGGCCGGUCUAAUGACUGUGCUAGCAAUGUUUAAAUGUGUCAGGGCAGUUGGUUGGCUUUUCUUGAUGACUGACUGGCCUAAUAUAUUAUUAUCUUUUUUACAAUAGCAUGUAUUGUACUAUGAUUUUCAAGGAAAUGAAAAAAAGAAGAAACAAACAAAAACAUUUUAUUGUAAUGUGAUAGCCGUAUUUAAUACAAAAAUCUACACGUGAUUAUUUUGUAGCCUUGGGUAACUUAUUUAACGUUAGCACUAUAUAUUUAACUCUUUUAAAUAAGACUUCUUGAAAUUGUUCUUAAAUAUUAUAUUCCAGUGUGAUGAUUCCAUUUAUAUUAUGUAACUUUUGGUAAUGAAAUUUUUUUGGAUGUUUGAUUUUAUUUGCUAUUUCUUUUGCACCUCAAUCGACUGAGGAGAGAAAAAUAUGUCUCAUAAGAUUUGCUAAAAAAGUCAUACCCACUAAGUCAGAGUUUCUUUUUCUAAUAGACUUAAUUAAGAAACCACAUCCUUGUCGCUGGGAGGUCUGCCUGUGUUUUCUUCUCACCUCUGCUUUCGUCACAGAAUAAGUAUUUUUUUUGUAAACUUUUGAGUAAAUUUUGUUACUAGAAUGUAUUUUCUGCCACUCUUAUGCUGUGUGAAGAUAGAAUGUUUUUAAUAUUGAACAUUGCAACAAUGAUCAGUGUUGAUUACCAUUUGAUUCGGCUUCUGUUAAAACAGAAUGUGCAGCUAAUAUUUUUUUAUUCUUUUUUUAUUUGUUUCCUGAAGAGUUGGACCCUGUGGUCAAACAUUUGAGUUGUGUUUUUAUUAUUUAUUGUAUAAGUGUGCUGUUUCCCUCAGAUUUUGUUACAUCUUUUUAGAAAUAUUAAAGCUUUAAUGACCUACUUAGUUAUUUGAAUCCUUUUCUACGUUUUUCACAUUUGUGUUAAUAUUAUGCAUGACAAAAUGUUAAAUGUUAAAUGAGAUCCCCUCUUCCCUGGUUUGCUAAGAGCAUGGAAGUUGUGGGAGAAGUCUUAGUAAAAUAUUCUUUACUCUUUUACCCCAUCUGAUGAAUGUUCUAUAACUCCGCAGGAGCCCUUGCAUUCAGAUAACGACCAUUAAGGGCAGCAUAUCUUUUGGCAGGUGAUCUUGAAAGCAUCUCAGAAUAUCUAUUUUCAUAUUUCUGACGGCUAAAGGUAAAUUAGAACAUUAGACCAUGCCUGAAUUUUUACUACUAUUGGAAAAUAGUUUGACACCCAUUUGAUACUUUAAAGUGACAGUGAGGUUGUCUGAUUUUGUCUACACGCUACUCACACUAAAAGAUUGUAUUUCGUCGCCUCAUUUUUUACUCUCUCUCUCUCUUCUGCAAUAUAUGGCGAAAAGUAUUGCAUUUCAUGACUCUCUCAUACAUAAUGGCCUUGUACUUUGGCAUUUCUCUUUCCAAAAGCCAAAUUGCACUGAGAACUGCAACUUGUCUAGAGAUAUCUUUGACCUUUUUAAUUCGUUUGUGAUAGGAAAAUACUCUUUGGAAGUGUCCCAUCAAAUAUGGACACUGUGGAAGGAAAGAAGGUAUUCAGUACGAUUUUAUCUCUAAGUUGCUUGUAAAGGAAAGUAACAAGAAGAGAAAAAUGCUUAACAUUGGGGUGAGUGUGUUGAUAAAAAAGGGCUUUCCCACUGUGUUAUAUGUUCUAUACCUACUCAAUGUGUUAGCACCCAUGUAUGUCCUAUGUUAAUCAAAUUCUGUCUUUGGUGCUUAAACUAGUUCGUCUCUGUGUUCUUAUCAAUUCAAGAUAACGUCUCGGAUUUUUCAAAGAGCGUGAAGUUUUAAAUUGUGUCAUUAAGUUAUGGGGGAAUAUAGAAAUUGUAAUUCAUUAUUUUUUUGACUUAGAAUCUUAGGCAAUUAUCUAUCAACAGUAUUACUGUUCCCCUGGUAUGCCUGAACUUUUGGUCCUGUGAUUUUCACAGUAGAUCUAAAUAUUUGGUCCAUAAAUAAAUAAAUAAGUGAACAAAUUUCCUUCCACUUUCUAUGCCCAUUUUGCUCUGAAUGUGCCCUUUGUAUUGUAAGAUUGUGAGAUAGGAAGAGAUCUGACAAGCACUAGGUGAGUGGCCGGAUCUAGUACUUCUAAUUAUCUUGUGAUGUGGUUGAUAUUUUAUCACUUUUCUACUUAAUCCCAUAAAACUGUAAGUUCAUUCUUAUCACAGUUUUGUAGUAUGGCUUGCUGUUAGACAUUUACAUAUGAAUAACCAGUUUCCUAACUAUACCAUGUACGUACUUGUACCAGGGGAUCUUAUCCUUGUUCGUUUGUUGGACUCGCAACUCUUCAUGUUUUUUGAAUGUACCCAUUAAAUGUGAAAUUUCAUAAAAAACAAA